UGCGGUGUCACGUGGUGGGCGGAGCGCGGAACGUUGUUGGUUUGGCGCGGAGUGGAGCGGACAGGUUGCUAGUUGACAGAAUUUAUUUAAGGCUCUUUCGUGUGAUUUCUGUGAUCCAUGGACAAGAGAGCUGUAAUGCAACAUCUUUCUCUGAGGAGACCCCUGUCUCCGCCUCAGAUGUUUGGGAGUGUGGCAGUUGGACCUGGAAGAGAUUCCUAUCCCAUGACAGGACACAUCCACUACGAUAAGAGAGCCCAGAAUGGGUUACCUUCUGCCGGAGAUUCAAACUUGAACCCAAGGAAUAUAGCCCAGCCCAUCAUGGAGAAGCAGCAGCAAAAAACUAGUAACAAUGUAUUUUCCAUUGGCAAUGAUCCAGCCAUCUUUGAGACCAGGGAACCUGCCAGAAACUGCCAUAGUUGUGGUUUGGUUGGGUCCCGUAGAUGUUCUCGGUGCCACAAUACUUAUUACUGCUCUAUAGAGUGCCAGAAGCAUGAUUGGAAGAUGCACUCCGUUAUCUGCAAACCAACAACUACAAAAUUGACUGAUGAGGAGAAAUCAUCUCGGAACGACAGAGAGGCAAAAGCCUUCACAAAGCCUUCUGGUAUUUCAGUUUCUACACCCGGUAAAAAAGAAGACAAUGGAUGGCGCCUCAUGCUGUGUGACUUGAAGUUGGAGACCCUCAGUGAAGGAACAGAGAUACAGGGUUGUGUUACAGAGUUUACAAGCCCAACUAAUUUCUUUGUCCAAGAUUGCAGUUCAAAAUCAAUAGAAAUUAUCAUAAAGAUUUCAGUCCAGUUGAACAACCUCUAUUCAUCCCCGGAGAAUGUGAGGAAGGACUAUAUACCGGUUAUUGAGGAGGUUUGUGCAGCAAAGUAUUCCCAGGAUCAGCAAUGGUAUCGUGUUCUGGUUUGCAGCGUGGAGAUAAAUAUGAAGACUGCGCAGGUCCUUUAUAUUGACUACGGAAGUCAGGAGACUUUGGCAUUUUGUCAAUUGCAGCCAUUGCAUAAAGAUCUAGACCUGGCCAUCCCUCCUUGUGCCAUGAAUGUCCGUGUCGCCCAUGCCCUUGUGCCACCCUGCGGCUGGUCUCCUGAAUGUCUUGUAGAUUUGAAGAGAUUACUUAUGGAACAGAAGUUUUUAUUCCGCAUUGUCCAGGUGGAAAAGGAGGAACUGCCACGUUAUUCGGUUGAAGUUUCUUUACCAAAGUCAGGGAAGCUUUUGCAUAAACUAAUGGAGGAGAAGGGAUAUUCAUUUCCAUCGCACAGUAUAGAAGUGAACUCUGCAGAAGCAGUUCCCGCACUAGAGAAAUGCCCAGUUGAAACCAUAGAGAAGAAUCCGUCCUGCACCAGUUCGGAGUCUCCAGACAUGCAGGGAAAGCCUGGCUCCUUUAGUGUCGGAGAUCAGUUUGAGGCUCUCAUCACCGUCUUUCAUAACCCAGAGAUGUUCUUUUGUCAGCAAGUCCAAACUGCAAAACAACUUGCUGAGCUUGUAGCUGCAAUGAACAACAAAUGCAGCACAUUGAACACAACACUGAUUUCCUUACCAGAACCUGGGAAGGUUUGCUGUGCCCAGUUCACAGCAGACAACAAAUGGUACAGAGCUAGCAUUGUAAAACACAUAUCUGAAGACACAGCGCUGGUUGGAUAUUUAGAUUUUGGGAACACAGAGACUCUGCAUAUAUCACGACUGCGCCCCAUCGACAUUGAUAUGUUGCAGACUCCUUUUCACGCUAUCCAGUGCUGUUUGGCCGGUGUGAAACCUCCAUCAGGAACAUGGAGCUCAGAAGCCAUUCAUACAAUAAGCACCUUUAUUAUGAACAAGGUGUUCAAAGCUGUGGUGGUUUCAGAGUCUGAAGGCACUCUUACUUUGGAUUUGAUUGAUGAAUCAUCUACACCUCCCGUAGCUGUCUUACAACAUCUUAUUACUGCUGGUUUAUCGGAGGCUGAUAAAUUUGCAAGUGACUCUGUUCCAACUGUCCAGAAGAAAGAAGAGUCGCCCAGGGAACCUUCACAGCUGGCAUGGGCACAGCUCCCACUUGGCCAGGAAAGAGAGGUCAUAGUGUGUAUGCUGCAAUCUCCAGGAGACUUUUUCUGCCAGAUUUGUAAUCUUACAGAUUUAAGCGCUCUGAUUGAUUUAAAUGUCUCGCUGGGACAGUACUGCGUUCAGCAUGUGUCUGAGGGCUACACUCCUGUUGAGGGAGACGUGUGUGGAGCUUUCUUCUCUGAUGAUGGCAAUUGGUAUCGAGGGCAGGUGAAGGAUUUUACCUCUGGUGGUGCAGCUACAGUACACUUUUUGGAUUAUGGAAACGCAAAUGAAGUACCGGUGGAUAAACUCUGCAAAAUCCCCUCCGACUUCCUUCAGCUUCCUUUCCAAGCUGUUAAAUGCAGUUUGGCAGGUGUAAAGCCUUGUGGCGAAAAGUGGGAUCUAAUGGCAUCUAAAAAAUUUCAGGACUGCGUUGCUAAUAUAAAGUUGCUUGCUAAAGCAGUUUGCAGAAAGGAAAAUGUCUACAUUGUCGAGUUGGUGGUGAGUGAGAGCGGUAAAGCCGUAACUGAUGUUCUCCUUGCUGAGAAAGUUGCUCUUCCUGAUGAUUCUAAAAUGGACGACACUAAGGUCGAGACUGACCCAGGCUCGGCACCUAAGAAAACAGAUGAAGGCAGCAGCCAAGUUUGCACUAACAAGGUAACAAAAGUAGCUCCUGUUCAGGAUUUUCCUGCAAAGGAUCUAACAGGCUCAUCUCACAGAGGUCCAUAUUCUUCUCAGCCUGUCCAGUUGAACUCUACUCAGCCUGUCCUACAAGACAUCGGCUCUGCUAAGGCUGCAACAAUCACUCCUAAAGAACCAUUUUCCCAUAACAGCGCUGCAUCUCCUUCUGGAGUAAACCGCUCUAACAAUGCUGCACCAUUGCUCCAUAAAGAAUUCCACUCUGGUUACUCUUCACCAACCUAUCAGACAAGAUUUAACACCAUUGCCAAAAGUGCAAACUCUGUAAAUGGCAGGCUGCCUACUCACAGAAGAUCAGCUUCUGUUAAUCUUGAACCAUCAAGUCAAGGAGGGUUCAACUCUAAGUCUCCUGUACAAUCACCAAGUAGGUUUGUGUCUUCCCAUGCUACUAGUUUUCCUCCUUUGAAUGUUGGGUUAGUCUCAGCGAAGGAUUCUCCAUCUUUACCACAAGAGCUGAAGUCCACACGGGUCAGUCCUUCUCAGCCUGGUUUUGCAAGUUCUCUACAAAACAGAGAACCACUAUCUAUCCAACCUUCUCAGAAAGAACGGCCUACCGGGGUUUUAACCCGAAGAGAUUUGCAAUCAUCUGAAUGUCCUGCCAACCAACUAGCACCGUCUGUAUGUCAAAAUCCGCCCGGUCGUCCUCUUUUACCGAAACAGCAGUCAUCAGCCCUUCUGGAGGCUAGAGGAGUCAGUGUGGCGCAAAGCUGGGCGUCUGUUGAUUUGCAGCUAAAUGAGCCGCUUGCUGCGUGUGUACUGAGGGUGAGAAGUCCGGACUUGAUGUAUGUUUUCCCAAAAGAAAACCGAGUGGAUGUGGAGAAGCUGCAGCAAGUUAUGAUGGAUAUGUUUAGUUAUUGCAAUGCGAAGACAGACCAGCCUGCCUAUAUACCAUCUGUGGGUGAUGCUUGCUGUGCCAAAUUUUCAGCGGAUGGCCAGUGGUACAGAGCUGUCAUCUUGGAAGUUUUGGACUCCACAGUGGAAAUUGCUUAUGCAGAUUAUGGAAAUCAGGAGACUCUCCCUUUCUCCUGCCUUCGCCCAGUAAAGGAAAGCUUCCUAUGCACCCCCAUGCAGAUCACACGGUGCCGUCUGUAUGGUGUGGCUCCAGUUGGCCAUCAGUGGUCUCCUAAGGAAACACAAGUCUUGAGAAGUCUACUUCUGGGAGCUGAUGUUGUCCUUGUGGCUCGUUCAGUGGAAUCUGGAAUAUAUACUGUGUCUAUGGAGAAGAAGCAGGGAGCUGAAAACAUAGAUGUGGGAGAGAAGCUGGUAAUGGACGGCUCAGCAAAGUGUGCUGAAGCCGUUUCUUCAACAAAUGACCAUAAAGGUAGCUAG